UUGCUCUUCGCUUUAAGGAUAAUUUCCAUAGAGUAACCUUUUUAGGUGACAAUGUUAUUACUAAUAUGUACGACAUAUUAAUCCAGAACCUAGAAAAGGAAACUGGAAGUUUGUUUUGGGAAAUCCAACAUCCUAAUCCAGUAAUCCUAAUAUAAUUAUGUGCAAGUUUUGGUGACAAUCUUUACGUUUUCUAUUUGUUAAUGUUAUUUGAAUCACAGGUAAAUCCAAAAUUAAUUUUCAGUGCUUUGAUGUCUCUACUUAUGUUUUUUUUAUCUAGAUGUAGGAAGUUAUUGUUUUUUCUUUGAGUACCAGCUGGAUCUUUUAACGUUUUUAUUGACAAUAGAUAGGAAGUGUGCAUAAUUUGAGUUUCCUUUUCUUUCCAUAUUGCAUACAACUAUACAAGUAUUUCUUCGUUUGUCUUCCUGUUUUUACAGAAGAGUGGUCCACUUCCUUCUCUUAUGUCUUCUGUCAAAAAUUGGGUACAAUCAAUUUUGUUUUUACAAAGAAAGGCUGCUGCAGCGUAGUCUUUAUGCUAGAAUCCCUUUUUACCUAUAGUGACAAUUCAUUUGAAGCAAUUCCACAUUAUUAUUGAAGUAUGCAUUAAUGUGCCGACUGCUUGUGUUAUGGUGACAUAGCUGUUAAUAGUUACUUUGGGACAAAGUGGACCUUAGCAUAAAUAAAUAUUCUGAACUGCCAAUUUAUUAGUAUAUUAAUUUAAACACCUUUCUUAAAUCAACAAACUAUUGUGUGAUUUUCUCUUUCUGUUCCACAUGUUUGGUCCAUUCACAUUUGACUGAAAAAUUUUAUCCUACCAAAUGACAUGUGACAUCGGAUUUGCCAAUGAUGUGAAUCCUUGAGAAGAUUUACUUCCGAAUAUGUAAAUAAGUACACCUACAUGCUUCUGAAAUCCCUGAGUUUCCUUACUUAACCUUUGUGAUUUCUUAAUUGGACAGUCUUCUAGUUGGUGGUGGUCCAACUGUGUUUUCAAAGUCCGAAAAAAACCAAAAAGAACGUUGUUUAAAUCAAGUUAAUGAUAUGGAGUAUCAUUAUUACUUGCUCAUUUAGAUUGCACCCAUGAGUGGUAGUUGAGCAUAUAGGUUAAAGAAAGAAAUUAAUAACUAAAAGCGUAGGGAGAUGAUGGUUAAUAUUUUUAUCGCUAUAUAAUUGUUGGUCACUGCUUGGUUGCUAGACCCAUAAUUGUAUGCAGUGUUUCCUCCAAUCUAAAUAGUUGUCUCUUCACUUAUUCAUCAAGUUGUCUUUCCUUUGUUAGUGCCACUUCGUUUGCAAGAAGUGACAUUGUAUACUUGACAAAACAGUACCCUUAUGUAUGGUGUCCACAUAGAGCGUGAUUGUGACUUCUGAGCUUUCUGUUAGUUGAGCUUAUUGUAUUUUGCUUCAGGCUAAAAUUAAGACACUUUUCUUGGAAAUCUGAGUUUGGGAGGAAAUGAUUUUCAGCUAUAUCGUGUAAAUGCAGCUUAUGAUUCAAGAUGACAAGACUUCAGGUAAUUCUUGCUUGAUGGACAGUUCUUCAAGCUGCAGUGAUAAGAAAACAUUGAAGAGGUGGUUUUUCAUUGACAAGAGGGUCGGAUAGUUGACUUGAACAAGUUGAUAACAUUAAUUGUAUCUUGACUAAUUAUUCCACUAACAUAAACAAGCAAUCUGGAUUCGCUAGACAUGAUUUCAGGCCAACCCUCCCCUGUUCUGACUGAUCCUGCUCCCAUCAAGGAGAGAGUCGGCAUCCAUCCGAACCUAAUGCCUUACUCACAGACAGGUGCAUCUUUCUCCACGGGGAUGUAUAUACCAAUUCCCAAGAAAAAGCCUGGCAAGCUUGAAGAUGUUCUGUCAAACGGCUGGUUAGAUGCCAUGAAAUCUUCCUCUCCUCCUCGAAAGAAGCUUCUUAAGGACUUCAAUGUUGGGGUCGUCUCAGAUGACACUGAUUUUGGUUAUUAUGCUUGGAUGAACAAGCAUCCGUCUGCCUUGACUUCCUUUGAACAAAUCACCAAUUUUGCUGACGGAAAGAAGGUUGCAAUAUUUUUGGACUAUGACGGGACCCUUUCUCCAAUUGUGGAUGACCCUGAUCGUGCACUUAUGUCUAAUGAUAUGCGUUCAGCUGUGAGAAAUGUUGCCAAGUAUUUUCCAACAGCAAUCAUUAGUGGAAGAAGCCGUGAUAAGGUCUACGAGUUGGUAGGUUUAACGGAGCUACACUAUGCUGGUAGUCAUGGGAUGGAUAUCAUGAGCCCAGUGCACGAUGUAUUUGAUGACCACUUUAACUUUAGUAAUGCCACUGACAAGCAGGAUAAGGAAGUAAGUUUAUUCCAGCCUGCUAGUGAAUUUUUGCCCAUGAUCAAUGAGGUUUUUAGAACCCUUGUUGACAUGACUAAAAGUAUUAAAGGCGCAAAAGUUGAGAACCACAAGUUUUGUGCAUCUGUACAUUACCGUAAUGUUGAUGAGAAGAAUUGGCCUACUAUUGCCCAGCUUGUGCAUGAUAUUCUUAAAAGUUAUCCUCGGUUACGCUUAACUCACGGGCGGAAGGUUUUAGAAGUUCGACCCGUCAUUGACUGGGAUAAGGGGAAAGCAGUUGAAUUUUUGCUUGAGUCUCUUGGCCUAAGUAACAGUGAUGAUGUGCUCCCAAUUUACAUAGGAGAUGACAGGACUGAUGAAGAUGCAUUUAAGGUGCUACGGAAGGGCAACCGAGGAUAUGGUAUUCUAGUAUCCCCAAUCCCAAAAGAUACUAAGGCAUUCUACUCUCUCAGGGACCCUUCAGAGGUUAAGCAAUUUCUGGAGGCCUUGGUGCAAUGGAGAGAGCAGAAUCAGAGCACAAAGAGGAGGAACAAUUAGUUAAUAAUAUGUAGACUUAAUUAUAUAUGUUUAGGGUAGAGAUUUAAAUUUUGAAAAGGUAUGCAGCAAAGGCUGCCUAGUGCCUGCAUCAUUCACAAUUUUCAGUCUGAACCAAAAAAUUUGGUUCUUUUUUUAAGAAAUAUUAUUCGAAAUUUGCCUAUAUUCGCCACCGUUCUUAAGUAAAUGUAUGUUUUAGGGUGGAGUUGCAA